GGUCAGCUGACUCGGGUGGGUUUGAAGCGGCGCCGCGAGGUGGCGAGGCCGCAAGUGACAGCGGCGGGCGCUCGGACGCAGGCUGACCCCUUGCGCCCGCCGGCGUCCCGCGCUCCCCGGCCCGGCAUGGCAGCCCCGGUGGGCCGGCGCAGCUCAGAGACCGAGCGGCUCCUGACCCCCAGUCCCAACUAUGGGACCCAGGCAGGGGCUUCCCCAGCCCCUCCAACCCCACUGGAAGAGGAAGACCUCCGCCGUCGCCUCAAGUACUUCUUCAUGAGUCCCUGUGACAAAUUUCGUGCCAAGGGCCGCAAACCCUUCAAGCUGAUGCUGCAGGUGGUGAAGAUCCUGGUGGUCACUGUACAGCUCAUCCUGUUUGGGCUCAGCAACCAGCUGGCGGUGACAUUCCGGGAAGAGAACACCAUUGCCUUCCGGCACCUCUUCCUUCUGGGCUACUCAGAUGGGGCAGAUGAGACCUUUGCGGCCUACACCCGGGAGCAGCUCUACCAGGCCAUCUUCUAUGCCGUGGACCAGUACCUGUUGCUCCCCAAUGUGUCGCUGGUCCGCUACGCAUACGUGCGGGGUGAGGGUGCUGAUGGCUCGGCGCUGGCCCUCUGCCAGAGGUACUACCACCGUGGCCAUGUGGACCCAGCCAAUGACACCUUUGACAUUGACCCAAUGGUCAUCACUGACUGCAUCCGGGUGGACCCCCCCGAGCAGCCCCCUCUGUCCCCAGUUGAUGACCUCUUCCUCUCGGACAGCAGCUCCAGUUACAGGAACCUCACGCUCAAGUUCCACAAGCUGAUCAACGUCACCAUCUACUUCCAGCUGAAGACUAUCAACCUCCAGAGCCUCAUUAACAACGAGAUCCCUGACUGCUACACCUUCAGCGUCCUGAUCACGUUUGACAACAAGGCACAUAGCGGGCGUAUCCCCAUCAGCCUGGAGACCCAAGCCCACAUCCAGGAGUGUAAGCACCCCAGCGUCUUCAGGCACGGAGACAACAGCUUCCGGCUCCUGUUUGAUGUGGUUGUGAUCCUCACCUGCUGCCUGUCCUUCCUGCUGUGUGCCCGCUCGCUGCUGCGCGGCUUCCUGCUGCAGAAUGAGUUUGUAGGGUUCAUAUGGCGGCAGCGGGGACGGGCAGUUGCCCUGUGGGAACGGCUGGAAUUUGUCAAUGGCUGGUACAUCCUGCUGGUCACCAGCGAUGUGCUCACCAUCUCAGGCACCAUCAUGAAAAUUGGCAUUGAAGCCAAGAACCUGGCGAGCUACGACAUCUGCAGCAUCCUCCUGGGCACUUCGACGCUGCUCGUCUGGGUCGGCGUCAUCCGCUACCUGACCUUCUUCCACAAGUACAACAUCCUCAUUGCCACGCUGCGGGUGGCUCUGCCCAGCGUGAUGCGCUUCUGCUGCUGCGUGGCUGUCAUCUACCUGGGCUAUUGUUUCUGCGGCUGGAUCGUGUUGGGGCCCUACCAUGUGAAGUUCCGCUCACUGUCCAUGGUGUCCGAAUGCCUGUUCUCACUUAUCAACGGGGAUGACAUGUUCGUGACGUUCGCCGCGAUGCAGGCACAGCAGGGCCGCAGCAGCCUCGUCUGGCUCUUCUCCCAGCUCUACCUCUAUUCCUUCAUCAGCCUGUUCAUCUACAUGGUGCUGAGUCUCUUCAUCGCGCUCAUCACCGGUGCCUACGACACUAUCAAGCACCCGGGCAGCACCGGGGCAGAGAAGAGCGAGCUUCAGGCCUACAUCGCGCAGUGCCAGGACAGCCCCACCUCUGGCAAGUUCCGCCGGGGGAGCGGCUCAGCCUGCAGCCUUCUCUGCUGUUGCGGCAGGGACGCUGCAGAGGAGCAGUCGCUACUAGUGAAUUGACGCCGACACCGACUGCGGCUGCCACUGAACGUCAGUCCCCGGGACUGCGGGGUCCCAUGCUUAUUUAUUUUUAGUUUGUUUUUAAGGCCCGGCUCCCUGCUGCGGCCUGCGAGGGCCUCGGCCCGUCGGGUCGGACACUGGGAGUGGGGGGAAAGGGAAUGGGGUGGAUAUUAAAUAAAAGGGUAAAUAAA